AACUGUUGCUUUGCGCAGUUCUACACUGGGUUAGCACGUGUCCUGUUGCAGUACAAAGACGCACUUCUGCAAGAUGUUCAAUGGUUAACACAGCUACUGCAACAACAACGCUAACAGCUAUCACGCCAGACUCAACGUCCGCCGAGAAAAGUCGUAAUUUGGAUGAUAUCAUUAAAGAGUCCUGGAGCACUCUAAAAGACGACAGGAUCACAUUGAAUUUUUCUCACAUGGAUCAAAACGCAACAAUUUUAGAUCCAUAUCCUGGUAAUCUAGUGUACCAGCCCAGAGCGGGGGAAAGUCUCAUUCUGACUUGUGAGGCAUCCACAGAAAAUACGCACGGUGUGUCUUGGAGUCAUCUCGACCGAGUGAUAUUCGACAAAGGGAGACGCGUCGUUGAUGACGGGGUCGAUAAUCAGUUCUAUAACGUAACUCACUGGGGUCAAGUUGGGAUUUUUGCUAUUGUCCGUGUGUCUCUACAGUCGGAAGGAGAAGUUGUAUGCUGGGAAGAAUCAACCCGCUUUGGAUACAAGCAAAUUGUUUCGUUAAAACGCUUCAGUAUUAAACCGCAGAUUACCCGAGCAGUGGAAGUAUUUGCUCAGUCCAUGCCACAGCAAUCAGUAAUGGAAGGUGACAUUGUCUCUUUCUCAUGCGCAAUUCGGCUCCCCUUACCGCAACGCACCAUCGACAAUCUGGCCAACUGCAUCAUGUGGCGUUUAAAUGGCGAAACAAGAUGGGCUCCUACAGAGGAGCCGUAUUGGUCGCAUUUUGCACUGUGA